AUGAUCAGUGCUUCUUCGACUGAGCGAAAGACAACUACUGUAUCUUCGAACAUCAUCUCAGUUCUCAACUCUCCCACUUCUUCUUCUUCUCCUUCUCCACGACUCUCUCAGUCUCAAUCUCCCAACAUGGUUGGCCGCAAGAACAACAUGCGCCCAAGUCCCCAGGCCGAGAUCCCUAUGCCUAUCACCUACACUCCCACCACCCACCGCAUUAGCAAGGCAAAGAAGGGCAAGCGCGUUCAUGCUUGCGAGUACCCCGGUUGCAACAAGGUCUUCACUCGUGCCGAACACCGCAGACGCCAUGAAUUGAACCACAACCCAGAAGCUUCUUACCGAUGCUCACACCCCGGAUGCAAGAAGGCUUUCCACCGUCCGGAUUUGCUUGCGCGACACAUGGAGCGACAUGAACUCGAGUCGCAAUCCGAGCAGACUCAAUGGGCUCCUCAUACUCAGACUCAGAUGACCCAGGACUCAACUUCAAUUCCCCGCUGUGUUUCGAUGGAUACUGGUUCUCUGCUCUCUGGUACUUCUCAGCCCAACUCUAUGUCUAUUGGCGCUCUGGUUGCGCCUGGUAUUCACCCGGAUCUGGCCAACGACUGCUCUCUGGUGUGGAGUGGUAUGGAUCUGCCUCUGCAGCAGCCUCGCCCUUCCACCAACUUGUUCCACCACCAGCUCCCCGAAAAUGUCGAUGACAGCCCAUUUUACUCUUCACCCGCCGAGACUUGCCCCUCGCCUCUUUCCGAUACCGCUUUCUCUCUCCCCACCCACACCAGCUCGAUCUCUUCCGGCUCCGUUUCAAUGAUGGACCAGUACCCCAAGGGUCUGAUGAAGACUGAUCUGACUGCCUCUCCCCUUCAAAUGCACUCUCCUCUGCGCUGGGACCCCUCAGAUGUUGUUCCUACUUCACAUCUGGUUCCAAUGACUAUGGGAGAGGACCUGAUCCAACCGCCUGUUCAGUGCCACUACCCUUCUCCUUCUUGGUCUAACGAUUGCCUGCCCUACGAUGAUCAUGUUCAGUCAUUGGCCCACUUCCAGCCCAUCAGCUGGAAGCAAUGGACCAUGUAA